AUGCAGCGGAUCAGGGCGCGACGAGUGCGCGACGUGCAUUGGAGGUUGCAGGCGCUGAAGACUCGGACUGCUCUAGCCGUUGGCGAGCACGUUCCGCUGACACGGUGCUCGGACCAGGAGGGCUUGCUGCCGAAGGUUGUACAGAAGGACGGCGAGGCGAACUACUCCUCGCCGGCCGUGGCGCCGGAGAGUAGGACGAAGCUCACCUCGGUUCUGGUGACGUCGCUCUUCUCCGACUACUACGAGCGCAUCCAGGGCGUGUACUACGCGAACCCGACGGAGACCGGGGAGUACGUGGAGAUGCACCAACCGAGCCACGAGAGGGAGCAGCGCACGGAGGCGCGCGGCCACAACCAGAGGGCCCUGGCGGAGAUAUAUCUGCUGAGCUUCUGCGAUCGCAUCGUGACGAGCGCGGUGUCGACGUUCGGGUACAUCGCGCACGGGCUCGCCGGCGUGCGGCCCUGGGUGCUGCUGCGGCCAUCGUCCCCUGAAACGCAUGCUGAUCCGGCGUGCGUUCAGUCGAAGACGGUCGAGCCCUGUCUUCAGGCGCUGCCGCGACAAAUGUGCGGAGCAGCAGAGGGGACUGACAUUGGAGCUCUGGUGCCUUAUGCCCGACACUGUGAGGACGAGCACAAAGGUCUCAAGUUGUUCCCUUAA